AUGUGUCGCCAGCAACCGCAAUGCAGCUACUGGAACUUCCUCGCAAGUUCCGGCACUUGCUACCUGUACACCAGCGGGAUUUGCGCAGCGAAUAACGGAAUAAGAAGCGUCUACUCUCCCAGGGAACCCAAUUCUUAUGUGGGCGGUCGAUGCAGCUGGCACGGACAGCAAGAGUACAGAUACCAAGCGGAGGUCGCUCCCUCUGCGCGCCCGUACCAGCAGCUGCGCCCGACGUCGUUCUGCCUUGUCUCCGAUUCGCGCCUGCACAUCAACAUGCGCCUCACUGGUUACCUCGAUAACAACCGCUCCGAUAUAAUGGCCGCGCUCGUGGCUGGCGCUAAAGUGCGCACGUGGAUCAGGGAGCUUGGAUUCAUAUGGUGGACCAAUCAGGCGGGCGGAAGCGCGGCGCAGCAUUCCCUUCGGCUGGUCGCGCGGCGCGGCCCGAAGCAGGAGCGCGGCGAGGGGUUCAUGGGGCGAAUCGAGGUGGAUGGAAUCGCGGUUCCGCGGCUGGGGUUGGGCGACGAGUUGAGCCUAUUCGACGGAGAAGGCACCGUGACCUACGCACGGCAGGAGAGGAGCGGCAACUAUGACGUGGAUGUGUACUCUGUCAAGCUGGCAGGGCUGCUGGAGGUGCGUGCACUGCGUACAGGGAUGAAGGGUGAGUGGGAGUGGGGUGAGGAUGGGAGGAAGAGAGGAAGGAAAGGGAAAGAUGAGUGGGGCCAGGUGAAGUGA